AUGGCGCGUUGUGUGGUUUUAGCCCUUCUUUUGGGUUUCUUUGGAAGCUUUGAAGAACCCUUGAAGAUCAGAAAAUCUUGCUCCUUCUCCUUCUUGGUCAAGCAAAUCAUUAACUUUGGAAACCACAUCGAUGAAGUUGCAUCCUCGCUCUUUGACGACGAUCCACCAUUACUAUCAUGUGCAGUCUCAGAUGAUGACACAACUUCCCUAACACUUUUGCUGCUUUCACCUUCUUUCAUAGCAAUUCAAGUACCUGAAAAUUCCUGA